AUGGAGACUCUCAACCGCACCUUCAGCAACGCCACCACCGCCCUCUGGAACGAGUUCCAACCCGGCGAACAGCAGCAGCUCCAACCGCAUGGCGACGAGCCCUUGUCCGGGAUCCAGGGGAAGGGCACAGCGACUGAUCCGUACGAUGGAGGGAACCGCGAUGACCAACCCGGCGCCCCCCGCUCCCAAGCCAACACCGCCGUGAUCCCCGAGCCCCUCGUCUCCGUCACCGCGCCCUCCGACCACGCCAAGAAUCCCAAGUCCCCCAGCAACGCCGACGUGGCCCUCAAGAGCGUGAUCGUCGACGAGCCGGCCUCGACGCUGCCGUUGCAGCAACAGAACAAAAAGAUGGAGACCCCCGACCCGUUGACCGCCGCGGCGCCCACGGCGGCUGCCGAGGCGGCCGGCGCGCCGAGCAGCGGGUCGCAUGGCACGAAGCAGUUGGCUGCGUCGGGGGUGGGGUUGCCGGCGGGCAAGACGCAGGUGUCGAGCUCGGGCGGGGUGUCGGAGCAGCGGGGGAGUUUGCCUGCUUCUUCUUCGGUGAAGGUUCCUUCCUCUGUUGGGGUGGCUGGAUCUGGGUCUGGCACUGGCACUAGCACUGGCGCUGCAGGAGGUGUGGGAGGUGAAACGCUCCCUAUCCGGGAGAAGAAGAAGGGUGAGAUCCUGCAGCAGAAUAGAGGCCUCCCUGCUCCCGAGGGCAUGAAGCCCGAGCAGAAGUCCUCUUCCCUUGCUGCUACUGGCACUACUACUACUACCGCUGGCACAUCUGCAGCGACAGCCGGCGGCAGCACCGGCACCGGCGCCCUGCAGACCCGCGACACGCCCGCUACCAUCCCUACCUCCAGCGUGUCCGCUGACGACAAGGCCUACAAAUCCAAGGAGAAACCCAUCACCUCUGCCUCCACAUUGCAGCCCCAGCAGCAGCAGAUGAAACCCGACGCCUCCAAAGCCAAAGGCGCUGAUAAAUCCACCAGCGCAGCGGCAGCUACAGCAUCCGACACCGAAUCUGUCGGCCCCACCAACGAGACCAAGGAAGCCCGCGACUCUGCUGCUACCACUUCCCCUACUUCCCCUCCACAUCACGAGACGAAGACAGAGACCGACCCCCUCCCCCGGGGCAACAACAAAGUCAGCGAGGAGGCGCUCAAGGGCCCGCAGACCCCGGCGCCGCGGGAGCCAUUCGAGUUUGAGAAGCGGUUGGGGUCCAAAGGGGGUCCUGCCAAACCUGAUACUGGCGCGGCGGACGAGGCCGAGAAGCACGGGAAGGGCCACGGGCAGGGCAAGAUGGCGCAUUUGAAGGAGAAGGUCGGGAAGGUGCUGCAUCAUGGGAAGUAA